GCGUGUCGCGCCGGCGGCCAUCUUUGAGGCGGGCACGGGCGCAGGGUGCCGGUUAACCCCUGCGCUGCCGGCGGGGCGCGGCUGGAGCCGCCGCGGGCCGGGGCUGAAACCCUCCCGGGCAGGGAAGGACCCGGCGGGCGGGUUCGGUCCCGGGGUGGCGGGCCCCGGCCGGUGCCGGUACCGGUACCCGUACCCGUGCCGGUGCCGGUGCUGGCGGACGUGUCGGCUACGUGGCCCGGGGCGGGGCGGGCGGCACCGAGACGUGAGACCGGGUCCGGGUGAGUGGGCAGCGGCGGCCGCGGGGGGUGUUGGGUGCCCACCCUGCUGCUCUCGCCCGAGGUCGCAGGAUGAGGAACCCACUGGUGGUCCUGCUGCUGCUGCUGGGUCCGGUGGCACAGGCUGCCCCCAGGGCUGGGGGGCACAGGCCUGAGGCCCCACUGGCCACGACUGACCCGCUGAGCCCGGAGCUGCCCACGCUGCCGCUGCUGCGGAGCGCAGUGAGGAGCCUGGGGCCGCCGGAGCAGGACGUGGAGGCCAUGACACGGGAGCAGGCCCUGCUCUACCUCUUUGUGCUGCACGACCACGACCGGAGCGGACGCCUGGACGGGCUGGAGCUGCUGCAGCUGCUGGGCACGGUGCUGGCGCAGCGGGAUGGGGGGUGGCCAGACCCCGACACGGUGACCAUGCUGGUGGACCAAGCCCUGGAGAGGCAAGACCUGAGCAGGGAUGGGCUGCUUGACCCCCCCGAGCUGUUGCUCUUGCCCAGCCGGGGCGGACCCCCAGGGCAGCCCCUCCAGCAGCAACUCGGGGAGCUGCUGGCAGGAGCUGUGGCUGUGCCUGGGGUGGACACGGCGAUGCCUGGGGGGGACGCAGGGGUGAGCGGCCCAGGGCAUGGCCCGGCAGGGGGGCAGGCAGCCACCCAGGCUGAAGCCCCCAAUGCUGAAGGCAUGGAGGUGGAGGAAGCCCCUGAGCCUGAAGGCCCUGAUACUGAAGCCGUGGAGGCAGAGGAAGCCCCCGAGAUUGAAGCCCCCGAGGGGGAGGCAGCCCCAGUUUGGGGGGACCCCGGGGAGGGGUAGGCAGUGGGGGGCUGUGGGCAGGGCUGUGCCAGCCCCACCAUGACUCUGUGGGGUGCAGUGCCCUGGCUGCUCCCUGCCCUGCUCAGGGCACAUGGUCAUGGGGGGGGGUCCCUGCAGACCCCCCACAGCCUGCGGUGAGGCUGGGGAGGACGGUGGGGCUGGGAUUGUGCGGUUGCCCCUGUAACACAGCGGGACGGAGAAAUACAGGCACUGCUGCCGGUG